AGCCGCACGAAGUCUCUCUCUCUCAAAAAUCUCUCCUUCCCAAUAGCCCGCCGAUCGCAUCCGGCACGACGCCUCCGCUGUCCUGGAGACAUUCCCUCAGGCUGCACGAGGCCCUCUUUCAAAUAUCUCUCAGGAGCCCGCCCGUCGCAUCUCGAGUUCCGCCAUCGCCACUCCCUCAAGCCGCACGAAGCCUUCUUUAAAAAAUCUCUCCCUCCUAGAAGCCCGCUUGUUGCACCCGAGCUUAGAUCCGCCGCCUUUGACACAUCGCCUCCGCCUCCGCUAUCGCCACUCCCUCAAGCCGCAUGAAGCCCUCUUUCGAAAAUCUCUCCCUCCCAAGAGCUCGCUCGUCGCAGCCGAGCUCAGAUCCACCGCCUCCAGCACAUCACUGGUGCUUCUGGUGCUUCCUCAUCCCGCCCCGCAUUCAUCGUUGGUGCUUCUGUGCUGGGUCUAUAGUGUACUCAUCCAACACUAUGGCCGUGAGCAAAUGGGUUGUGCUCACACAUGGUAAUUUCAUCGCCAUGUGCGAGCUCUUUGCAAGGUUUGAAGGGAUCAUGACUCUAAGCCAAGGGCAAGCAGCAUUGCUGACAUUUUGCUCCUGCAUUGGCCUUGCUAGCGUUGGCCUGAUUCCUACAAUAACUGUUCUGGACAUUCGUAAAAACUGGUUUUGGAUCACUGCAUUGAGGCCCUUAGCGUAAUUGAAGAUUGUUUUCCAUUGAAGAGUUUGAGUUCUAGUGUUCCUCAUCUUGGAAGAGUGGAAGUCAUGUGUGAAUAGGCUAAACCCUUGAUAUGGAGGUGAGCAAUGAGGAAGGAGCUAAUUAAGGUAAAGAUGAUAGUGGCGGAAGACUAGACGCUAUCGGAGAUCGUUGUU